AUGCCAUCUGAUAUUGGAAAUUCAAAAAACGGUGCUUUUAAAUAUCUAAAGGACAGUUUGUGGAGCAAAGUUCAAGGGUGGAUUGCAAACACGAUGUCAUCGGCAGGUAAGGAGGUGUUAGUUAAGGCUGUAGCCCAAGCAGUGCAUGUCUUCUCGAUGUCAUGCUUUAAACUCCCAAGGGGCCUGUGUGAACAUUUGAACAAGUUGAUAAGAAAGUUUUGGUGGGGCAGUAAGGAAGGCAAACGAAAACCGCAUUGGGUUUCUUGGCAAAUAAUGACCCAACCUAAAGGAAUGGGGGGCUUGGGAUUCAAGGACUUUGAACUGUUUAAUCUAGCUAUGUUAGCUAGGCAAGCCUGGAGGUUACUUCAGCACCCCAAUACUCUUUGCGCCAGAAUCCUCAGAAGUAUCUAUCACCCGCAAUCUGAUAUAUUAGAAGCUCAAUUGGGAGGCCAUCCUAGUCAAGUGUGGAGGGCUGUGAUCGAAGGCAGAGAUACAUUGAAACAAGGAUUGAUUAGAAGGAUCGGGAAUGAAGAGACAACAUAUAUAUGGAGGGACAAUUGGAUCCCGAGAGAGGAGAUGCUGCGACCAUAUGGGUGUUUAGCAACACAUCCACCGGCUAGAGUUUCUGAGCUAAUAGAUCAUACAUCCGCGUCUUGGGAUCGUGCGAGGGUAGAAGCGACCUUUCUGCCGAUGGACAGUCGAAUUAUCCUGAGCAUCCCGCUGUGUACACGUAACUUGCCUGAUUUCUGGAGCUGGCACUAUGAGAAGCAUGGAGUUUUUUCGGUGAAGUCCGCUUAUCGUAUGAUUGUGGCUACAAAGCAAAGAAGAGAAGCGUGGCUUGAUGGAAACCCUGGCUCCUCAAACUCAAACGCUGAGGAAGGCUCGUGGAAAACUUUAUGGAAAACGCCCGUCCCGGCUAAGGUGCGAAUGUUUUUGUGGCGACUGUCAAAACACUCCCUGCCCACGAACGACGUACGAGCUCAUAGACACAUGGCUGAUUCGGCUAGCUGCGGAUUAUGUGGAGCACCAGACUCGUGGAGGCACUCGCCGCUGGAAUGUGCUGCAUCCCGAUGCGUUUGGGCAUUGAUCGAUAAUGAAUUGGUGCAUAAAAUGACGACGGUAACAGAGCCUAAUGCAAAACACUGGUUGUUUUCAUUAAUGGAGAUGUUAGAGCACGACAAGUUUGUGCUGCUCUCCGUCACCCUAUGGGCGAUCUGGUCAGCUAGGAGGAAAGCAAUACACGAAGGGAUCUUUCAGAGUCCACAAUCUACCCAAGCAUUCAUUCGAAGGUUCAUCGAUGAUUUGCAGAUAACUUCAGCCCAACAGAAACCAACACCGGCCCGGGUUCCUGUAUCGGUUACUUCAGCCCGCCCAAGAGCCAAGGCUCCGCCAUCGGGGUAUGCUAAGAUCCAUGUGGAUGCUGCUGUUAGGCAUGAGCGAGGUGGAGCAGCUGUAGCUGUUUGCAGGGAUGAAGGAGGAAACUACCUGGGGAGUUCGGCGCUGGUUGUUUACGGUGUGAGCAAUCCUACGAUAUUGGAGGCAACGGCAUGCAGAGAAGCGCUAGCGUUGGCAGAGGACAUGAACCUGACACAUUGCGUGAUCUCAAGCGACUGCAAGCAGGUGGUGUCCGAUAUCACAAAUGGAACCCUAGGGGCGCAUGGAGCUAUCAUUGCGGAGAUUAGGGCGAAAGCAGAGUUGCAUAACUUGAAGUUUAUUUUCAAGGGUCGUGCUGUUAAUUAUGAAGCACAUAGAUUAGCUCGUUUUUCUAUUUCUCAGGGUUUGGGUCGUCACGUCUCUCACUUGCAACGUGAAUGA